AUGGGUAAACGAGGCAAUGAUAUGUCACAAUUGAGCAAGGAAGAGUACGAGGCUGCAAUGGCCGGUGACUCUUCCUCCAGUGGAGAUGGUUUCGCCAGGGCGUCUGCUAAUGUACUCAGUGGUCGGCGAAUACUUCGAACUGGAAGUAAAUGGAAAAAGGCAAAAGCAGCAGCCGCUUCACCGUCUGCCUCAUCAUCAGUUGCACCAUCUCUAGGAGGAGCGGCUACCGGUACAGCAACAUCAAACCCCUUUUCUAAUUUCAGUUUCACGAAGGCCUCGACAUCCACAUCUCUGACCGCACCUUCCAUCGCUGCCAAAGCUCAAACUAGCAGUCUUGGAAACAACAGCAGUAAACCUGCUUUUGCGAUGCCUUCUUUGCCCGCCUACAAUUCGUCAAACUCCAACAAGGCCUUGAGUUUGAGCCAAUCCUUGCUCUCCAGCACCACAACCAUGCAGCAAUCUUCGUCGGCGCAAAGCGAUAACUCGCAACUAUCUAAAGGAUUCAAGAACUUUAUCGCAAAGCAAGAUAUUCGAGCGGAUUGGAGUUUGCCCAUGAAUCGGUAUAUCGAUACUUAUAACAAUUUGAAGGGUUCGAAACAAUCCUCCACAACCAGUCUGGCAACAAGUGUAGAUUCUGCGGCUGUUACGACAAACACUACACUUAAUUUUGGUAGCUUUGGUGGCACAUCAAAUACUUCGGCUAUUGCUUCAACAGGUGCAUCAAGUGCACUCGGCAAGCCACUCUUUCCUCCUCCUAGCAACGCUCCAGCCCCAUCUCUUUUCUCAUUUGGGUCCACAUCUGCGUCAGGUGGCAGUAGCACAUCUACAAAACCCACCUUCUCGUUCGGAAAUCCAGUGACCUCGUCACCAGCUCCCGCGCCAUCACCAUCAGCUGGAUUUGGGUUUGCCUUUGGAGGAAAAACAGAAUCUACAGGCUCGACGACUAUUGGUACACCAACGGCAUCCACAACUCCGUCGGAAAAGGAAAACCAAGACUCGACCAAUAAGGGAGAAGAGGGAGGAAGCUCCACCCAACAAAGCGCUGAUAACGAUUGGAAUGAAGUAUAUUCUACCAAAGUCAAGGUGUAUCACCAUCGUGACAAAGGCACUCAGUUUGCAAAGGGCGAUUUGAAAUUGCAAGAACUCAAGUCUGACGUUGGGAUCAAGCGCAUGGUAAUGCGAGAUAUUGCCGGCAAAGUCACACUCAAUGUUGCCGUUUCCAGCGGUAUGGAGUUUAAAAAAAUUAAGGAGAAGGCGAACAGUGGACGGGUUGUGGCAAGAAUUAGUUUUGUCGGGAUUCGUGAUGGCGACCAUGGAGCGGAGACCCUUUCAAUUGUCUGCAAGGCUGAACUCCAAGAUGAACUGUACGGGAAGUUGGUAGAAAUGAGUACUCAGGGGUAA